AAAGGUCCUAGGGUGAGGUGAUAAUGAAUUGUUCUACCCAAGUUCUAAAACGAUUGAUUGAAUCUACAACAGGUGAAUACAUAGAUAACUGGGUUGGUAAAAACAGCUAUACUGUAAACACACGAUGGUGAACAGCAGGGGUGUUCAGUUAGCCUCAUUGGCAUAUAUGACUGAAUGGAUUAGAGCUUUCAUUCUAAAAAUAUCUAAGAGAGACAAUCACCUCUUAUUAUCACACACGACUGAUAGCAAGAUAACCAUCAAAUCGUAUAUUAACCUCAGUACUGGAAGAAAUAGCCAGAAAACCACCUCUUACACAUUACACAAUUUCGAUUUUCCUUAUAGAAAAUGCCUCCUCGUAGAAACCCGCGUCCAGGACCGAUUCCAAGAAGCCUUUGGCCGGUCCAACCUCCCGUCAGUCCCACAACCCUUCAGGCUCGUCGUCAAGCAUGGCGCGACCAAGUCGAAAAACGUAAGAUGCGAAAAAUCAGAGAGGGUAUAGAGCUCUUUCAAAAACAGGGGGAAACCGACUUGGAUGCGGUAGCCCUAAUGAUAGAUUCCGAAAAGAAUCGAGGAACAGACCCGGAGUUGGUAAACAAAGUAGCAAAGGAGAUGGGUAUCGGCCCACUCCCACCAGGCUACAAAUGGACACCAAAACACCCACCACUUAAACCAUGGAAGAAGCCCGCCAAUGUAGGGCCUGUCCGAACUCAAUCUAAGCGGGAGCAAAACCGAGUGGAUUUUAUACUGCCGAAGAAAAAUAUUCGCGUACGGCCACCAGUGUCGCCUCCAACUCCACCACCACCACAACCACCAAGGCUAGUAGAAUCAAGGCUAGAACCGCUACAAGUGGCACCACCGAAGCCAGGGCCUAGUAAGUUAGGUCUUGAAACCGGAGAGAAACGGCGUACAUUCUUAGCGGAGACGAUGAGACAACGGAAUCUCGCUAAGAAGGCCGAUAAAAAGCGAUGGUGGGAGUUAGGGGGAAGAUAUGGACAUCCUCUCUUCCCUCGCGGCGAACCACACCCUUCAAAGGGGGAAGAACAGCGUAUAACAACCUGGGAGAAGCGUAUGCGGCGACAUGCGGAGCGAGCACAGCGCCAUCGAAAGGCACUUGAAAAACUCAACAAGGGUGAGAGCGGAGGGGGAAAUAAUACGGGACGCGGAUCGUUUUCUCACAGAGGGAAUGACGGCGAAGAUGAGCCUGUACAUUCCCCUGUACGUGAUCCCACUCCCCCGUUACCUCCUCGCCCAUUUCCGUCUAAUCCUCCAGGGCCUCCUUCGGACUCUUCUUCAUCAUCGUCAUCGUCUGAUAGAUCUGGGCCGCCGCCGCCGCCACAUUCAUCGUCUUCAUCGUCGUCUUCCUCCUCCUCGAUAAAAACCAUACGCAGUCUGGUUCCGCAUAUCUUCCCAAACUUAAACCGACCUGAGAUCACGGGGUUACCUGUAGAGAUUCUUCUGCAGUUAAUUGAAUAUUUAGAGCCCUCCUCGCGCAUCAGACUGGCUCUUAGCAUUCCCCGUAUCUUCCUGUCGCCCAACUUAAAUAUAUUCACCCUCGAUGCGGUGCGCCAGAUGCGAGAUUUCCGUGUCCACGAACCAACCCGCAGGUACGGAAACGAGCCACGGGAUGACAUCCCACUCCUCCAAACGGCAAUUUAUCGUCCUUACUGCGAUGCGAACGUGAUCAGACGUAUCCUCGACGGGUAUUCCGCUGUUGAGGGAGAUGUCAUCAACGAUAUUUAUAUAUUUAGAGGUUUCCGUCCGCCCCUCGUUGCCGCCGUUUAUGCCGUGAGGCCAGAUAUACUCCGAGUACUUUUUGAACGGGGUGCUGAUCCAACCAUACGCUGGUCGACCCUCUUCCCGGAGGUGCCGACAACUGGUUGGCGAGAAGGCCAUCACUGUACACUAGUCUGGGAGUCUCAUAGAGAAUGCCAGCCACCGGCUGAAGUCCGUAGGAGAUCUAGGAUAUCUUAUACCUGCCCAGACCUUUAUGCUCAUGCUCUUCAAUCGUAUGAUAGAAGACGAGCUCAUACAAGAAUCCCUAAAAGAAUUGCUGAUCAUGGAGAUGCACAACUCCGUGAACUUGUGAAUCGAGCCGAAGAAAUAGUUUCAAUUGUGCUGUUUCAACGGGGGCUACACCGUUUCGACCAGAUGACCACAAAUACGAUUCCCUCAGAAAUCACCCAGUUGAUCGAUAGGGGUCUUUACGGAAUCAUUGGGGAUCUAGCUGACGCAAUGGUACGCGAAACUCAAGAGAAUGACCCUGGCCGACAGAACGCACUUAACCUGCUCCUUAGGGAAGUUGCAUCCAGUGGUGAUAUUGCUGAGCUGUAUUAUGGGUUAGGACGCGCCCCGCCAGGUGGCGUAGAUGAAUCACUUCACCAGGAAAAUACGGACCGUCGAGAUGACGUGUUGCGCCGCUUAGUCGCGAACGGUGCUAGAAUCGCAGCUGACGAGGCACCUGGCGUUGCUCGAAGCAACGGACACAGCAUGCUAGUUAUUUUAAGAGCAAUCGCACAAAUUAACCCCAACGAAAAUAAUGAGACAUUCCGUGCUCUUGUUGCUGCGGUGCCAACCGGUUAUGAAAUGGAAUUUAUCACUGAGCUAAUUCAGAUGAUAAGAGGGCGUAGAGAUGAUCUAGCCCGGUUGCUCUACGCGGCGAUUCGAGACGAUGCUCCGGAUCUUUAUAACGAGCUUAUUGAUACACACUCAGCAGGUGCCUCUCGACAGGCUUUGCUUAUAGCAAUUGAGCGUAACGACCUCGACCUCCUUGAGCGCCUUAUGAGAUUGCCCUCCAACGGGAAUAUCCUCGGCAACGGUACUCCUCCUAACGGCGGGCAUGCCUCGCCCGUUUACCCUAUUAACGAGCGUGUUUAUGACACUAUGGAUCAUAUCGCCAUUCAAGGACGUAACAUCCUGGAAGGCGCAUUGGUUAUGCGCAACUUCGAUGCGGCUCUUUUCCUGAUUGAUAACGGCUUCUCGACGACAAUCGACAACGAUGUGAUGGAGCGAGUCCAGAGGGGCCUGGAGGAGCUCAGCGGUACUAUACAACCGAUGACCGCCGUGGAUUUAGGGGGAGCCGGCGAGCCUCCGCUUGAUUCCCGACGCAUAUUGCCAAUCUAUAACGGAAGACCCGAAGACAAGGAGGCCCAAAGAAGAUUUCAAGCGACUGUUGCAACGUUCAAGACGGUUGUAAGUCGACUUAAACCUGCCAGCGAAAACGUCAUUAAUGCGUUUGAUCAAUUAUCUAUGAAUGACAAGCCCAAUGGUCUUGAUAUUCAUAUAGCGAUUGUAGGUGCUGGGCCGCGCGGUACCAGCGUUCUAGAGCGUAUGUGCGCGUCUGUACCGUAUAUCAUUGCUCCGGACGUUCAUCUUACAAUUCAUAUGAUCGAUCCGUUCCCGCCAGGAGCUGGCAGCGUCUGGCGUACGGACCAGCCGGCGCAGCUGAUAAUGAAUACCAUCACGUCGCAGAUGACCAUGUACACCGACCAAAGCGUGACCUGCUCUGGUCCGAUACGCCCAGGACCGGACUUACAUACCUGGCAGAUGCAUGCAACUGGGGGACCAAAACUGGGUCCUAAUGAGUGCGCACCCCGUGCUCUGUAUGGCCAGUACCUAAGAUGGGCCUUUGAUCAAAUAAAAGUUCACGAUAAAGACAAGGUAAAGAUCGUAGUGCACACUGCCCGCGCGGUUAGCCUCAAUGACGAAUCAGAUGGGCGCCAGGUUCUUACCCUUUCCACUGGCGAUUCACUACCCGGUCUUUCUGCUGUAGUCCUUGCUCAGGGACACCUGCCACUGAUCCCAAGCCCACGUCAGCAAGAGCUCACUAUAUAUGCUGAACAGAACCGUUUGUGCUACAUCCCACCGGCGAAGCCGGCGGAUGUUGACCUUUCUUCUAUCAAUCCUAAUCAACCGGUUCUCCUGCGCGGUCUUGGUCUCACUUUCUUUGAUUACGUAGCCCUGCUAACCGAGGGCCGCGGCGGCCGCUUCGAACACACAACCUCUGGCUAUCGGUAUAUACCCUCGGGAAGCGAGCCGCGAAUAUAUGCUGGCUCACGCCGCGGGAUCCCAUACGUUGCCCGUGGCGACAACAAAAGACCACCCUACGAGCGUCAUACUCCACUUGUACUCACUGACGAGGUAAUCGCUUGGUUCCGUGGCCGUGCUGAGUCCGGGAACCCACCGGAUUUUCAGUCGGAAGUAUGGCCUCCUCUUGCGAAGGAGGUAGAAACGGUGUACUAUGAGACUAUGUUGAGAGCGAAUAAUUCAGAGCGUCUUAACUUCCGGGCCGAGUUCCUCAGUACCCCACCAGGCAGCGCUGAAGAAACCCAGGUUCUUGACAAGUUCAACAUCCCGAAGGCCGAUCGUUGGUCCUGGGAGUUCAUGUCACGACCGUAUAAUAAGGAUACCUUCACAUCGGUCGAAACAUGGCAAACGUGGCUGCUGAAUCAUCUAGACGAGGAUGUUCGGCAGGCUGCGCUUGGGAACGUUGAGAGCCCUCAUAAGGCGGCUAUUGAUGUACUGCGCGACUUACGCAACGAGCUGCGUCUAAUCGUGAACCACAGAGGAAUUUCAGGUACCUCGCGGCGGGAGCAAUUCGAUACUCAAUUUUCGCCGCUUAAUGCCUACCUUUCUAUCGGUCCGCCGCGAAUACGCGUUGAGCAGUUGAUUGCGCUAAUUAAAGCGAACGUAGUAACUAUUCUCGGUCCGGAGUUGGAAGUGUAUUCUGAUAAUUGGGCAUGGCGCGCGGUAUCCCCCGAGAUCCCGGGUUCAGCAGUGCGUGUAACCGCCCUCAUAGAGGCGCGUGUACCGGAACCGAGCUUGAAGGAAACUGCUGAUGAGCUUCUUAGAGACUUGUUGGACAGGGGCCAAUGCCGCCCUCACACCAUUGGCGAUUACGAGACUGGAGGUCUAGACGUAACGCCUGACUCGUGCUGUCUAAUCAACAAUAAUGGCGACCCACAUCCAAAGCGGUUCGCUGUCGGUGUACCUCUGGAGGGCGUACACUGGGUGACUGCGAUUGGGGCUAGACCAGGUAUAAAUUCACUCUCGCUUGUAGAAACUGACGCCGUCGCGCGGGCCGCACUUCUGGCAAGUGUAAAAUAGCUGCAUUACAGGCACUAGGGUCACUUGGGAGAUUACCUUAGAGGGUGAGAUCAAGAUUGUUUAUAAGUAAUAGUUAAUAGAUAACUAGUUUAAUAAAUAAAACAAGAGUUAGACAAUAAAG